UGCUGCAUCAUCUCUCAACUAGCUGCCCAAGGCCAUUUCCACUGAUGCAGCGGUCAUUAUUUAUUUAGGGUGCCUUAUCGAGAAACAGCCUGCCUAUAAACAUGAUUUGCCUGGUUCUGCACUGUGGUUUCCUGCUUCAUGCCAUUGAAACAUCCAUCACCGUUUAUUAUACAACCUUACCUCUCGCCAGUUCACAGGGACAUUUCCCAAGUCUUGAAAAUGUGGGUGCUUUCAAGAACAUUUCCAUUGUGCCAACCCAAGCGACCUGUGGAUUGCCAGAAAGGACUACUUUUUGUCAAAGUUCAGCUGUUGUUGAAAGUAUUAACUUCUGUAUUUGGCAAUUUUGCAUUCAGAAGUGUCCGUAUAGAUCAUCUCCUGCUUCCUAUGCUGCCAUGCUCUCAGAAGGCCUGGGCAAUGUUAUCCAGCAAGAUCAAAAUGAUGUGCCUCCUGGGUCUUUUAGCAACACGAGUAUUAUUUUUCAUGGUGAAAAGGGUUGUUUUUCCACUCCUCAUCCUCGGAAGCUUGCUGUUUCAUUUACUUUAACUGUAUGGUUGAAACCUGAGAAAGAAGGUGUAAUGUGUAUGGUGGAGAAAACUGUUCAUGGGCAGACUGUGUUCAAGCUUACAAUUUCUGAGAAAGAGACAGUGUUUUAUUAUCACACUAUAAAUGGGCUGCAGCUACCGAUAAAAGUAAUGACACUGGGGAGAAUUCUGGUGAAGAAAUGGAAUCAUCUUAGCGUGCAGGUUCAUCACAACAGAAUUAGUUUCUUUAUAAAUGGUUUGGAAGAUGAUGAUACAGUCUUCGAUUCCAGAAUUCUCACAGGGCUAAUAGCAGAUCCCUCUGUUGAUGGUGAAUGGAGAAUUGGGCAAAAUUUAAAUGGUUCAGAGCAAUUUGUCGGGAGGAUGCAAGAUUUCAGAUUGUACCAAAUGGCCCUUACAAACAGAGACGUUUUUGAAGUAUGGUCUGGAAAAUUUCCUCAACUUCGUAUUCAAUCAGAAUGUCGCUGUCCUGGAAGUCACCCAAGGGUACAUCCUUUGGUUCAGAGGUAUUGCAUUCCUAAUGGUGCAGAUGACACAACUAAUGACAGAGUGCUCAGACUAAACCCUGAAGCUCACCCUUUAAGCUAUGUCAAUGAUAAUGAUAUUGGAACUACAUGGAUUUCAUCUAUAUUUAGCACCACUGAGCAUCUACGUCAUGGAGUAACCAUCACCAUUGACUUAGAAAAUGGACAGUAUCAGGUGUUUUAUGUUAUAAUCCAGUUCUUCAGCCCUCAGCCUGAAGCAAUCCAAAUACAAAGAAAAAAGCAACCCUCCAUUGGUUGGGAAGACUGGCAAUACUUUGCAAGGGACUGUAGUAUGUUUGGAAUGGAGAAUAAUGGUUCGCUGCAAUAUCCAGAUUCCAUAAACUGUCUACAGCUUCCUAGCCAUACUCCAUAUUCCCAUGGAAAUAUUACUUUCAGUGUUCUUACUCCAGAACCAAAUCAUCGGCCAGGAUAUAAUGAUUUCUACAAUACACCAUCACUUCAAGAGUUUGUGAAAGUCUCAAAAAUUAAGAUUCAUCUAUUUGGCCAGUAUCACACUACUAUGCCCUGGGUUAAUUUUAGUCAUAGAUACUAUGGAAUUGAUGAAAUUACAAUCAGUGGAAGAUGUAAUUGCUUUGGCCACGCUGAUCACUGUGACACAAGUCAUAGUCCAUACAAAUGUCUCUGCUCUGAGGAAAGCUACACAGAAGGCAACAAUUGUGAUCGCUGUCAGCCACUGUACAAUGACAAGCCAUUCCAUCCAGGAGAUCAAGUUCAUGCUUAUAAUUGCAAACCUUGUCAAUGUUUUAGCCAUGCUGUAAGCUGUCAUUACAACAGGACAAUAGAUUACUUUCCUAAUGAAUAUUAUAGAGGUGGUGGUGGAAUCUGUGAUAAUUGUCAACAUAACACCUCAGGAAGAAAUUGUGAGUUAUGUAAUGAUUUCUUCUAUCGGCAUAUAGAUGCGGAUCUCUCAGCUUUGGAUGUUUGUAAACCCUGUGAAUGUUACUCAGCAGGCACCAAAAAUGGUAGUCGCUUUUGCAAUAAAAUUGGAGGAAAAUGUAAUUGCAAAAGACAUGUGUCUGGUAGACAAUGCAAUCAAUGCCAGGAAGGAUUCUACAAUCUGCAAGAGUUCAACCCUGAUGGCUGCAGCUUCUGUAGCUGUAAUGCCUCUGGGACAGUUGAUGGAGAUACUACCUGUCACCAAAAUUCAGGCCAGUGCAAGUGCAAAGAAAAUGUUAUUGGGAUUAUGGCAGAAGGAGCAUUAUCUUCUGAAUUAGAUCUGAGUCCAUCUCCUACUAGGGCUCCAUCUCCCAAGCCACUAAGAUCAAAAAAAGCUAAAUCCAAGGCUUCAACACAAGCUUCUCAUCUUGAAUCUGGUCAGUCAGAAGGGAUUUUGAAAAUGUCAAAACAAGAUCAGCUCCCAGAAGCAAGGGAUCAGACAAUACCACAAUUUCCUGGAGGCAUGGCAGCACAAGAUGCUGGCCAAAUAGGACCAUUUAUUCAAAGAUUAAACCAAAGGGUUCCAGAGUCCACCUUUACGCCAACAGCGGCAGGACUCAGAGUUGAGGAAAAUUCUUUAUCUGGCCAGGACAUAGAUUUCCAAUCAUUUUUGGCUCAAACUUUUACUAGAAUUUUCCAGGCAGGACUACAACAGUCUGGCUUACCUAUAGCACCAAUGGAUUCUGCGGCAGUAUCCAUGGGGCAAUGUCACUCAUCCAGAGUUGAUCAUAACCAUUCAGUUCAAGGUUUUAAAUCUGUAGAUCUGGCAGAUCAAGGGGAUGAUUAUCCAGAAGAUUUGGAAAUGUCAGAUGAUGAAAAUGAGGUUGCUGACAAGCCAGCCUUUCAAGGUCUCUUUAAUCCUGCAUUGUUUAAAUCGCUCCUUCGUAAAGCGAAGGCGGCUACAAAUAUGGAUCAAGGCUUAGGUCAGUCUACCGUUUCUGGUAAUCAAAAUGAGUCGAUAAGUAAUUUGUUUCCUUUGCCUAUGGCAGAUUUGGAUUUUGUUCCAUGUCCUGAUUUAUUUGCCCAAGUAAUACAAAAACCUUGGGAACGUCCAGGUGCUUUAUCAGCUCCUAAUAAUUUUGAUAAGAAACUUUAUUGUGCAUCUCCUAAAUUAGAUGCUCUCCUACAAGUACCUUCAAUAGAUGAACCGGUUGCUAGCCUCACAUCUCCAUCCAUAUUAGUUGGUGAUGCGGGCGAUGGUUUAAAGCAAGAAGAUAGGCGGGCGGAGUUAACUUUUAAAAAAACCCACCAAGCAGCAGCCUGGGCAAUUAGAGCAGCUACUUCAGCGUCCUUUUUUAAUCGAGCUUCGUUAGUGUGGCUCAGGCAGCUGAAGGACAGAGUACCUACUCAUGAUAAUCGUCUUCAACAGGAUAUGGCCAAAUUAAUUGCUGCUGUGGAAUAUUCUGCGGAUGCGUCUCUGGACGCAGCAAAAUUUGCUUCUAGAGCAUUGGCUUCUGCAGUCACUUCUCGGCGUCUCUUGUGGUUACGCCAGUGGCGUGCAGAUAUGAAAUCAAAAUGGCGCUUAACAACAGCAUCGUACCAAGGAGGUUCAUUGUUUGGAAAAUCAUUGGAUUCCAUUUUAGUGGAAGGAAGAGAUAAAAGGAAAGUCUUACCUUCAUCUUACAGACGUCCAGAUCGUCGUUUUUCUCCUUUUCCACCUGGCUUAAAAUGUGACAACUGUGUUCCCAAUGCUAGCAAUUUGGAUGUCCACAACCUAUUUGGCUGCAGUAAAACUCCUUCCCAGCAGCCUCCUCCCAAAGGACAGAUUGUAAAUUCUUCAGCUAUCAGAGUCACUUGGAAUCCACCCGAUUCUCCCAAUUCAAAUUGGCUUGCUUACAAACUAUACAGAAAUGGGACUCAGAUCUAUACAACAGAAGACUAUCAUCCUUACAGCCUCCAGGUCUUUGUUGAUAGCAAUUUACUUCCGUAUACCUUCUAUAAGUAUUACAUUGAAGCAAGCAACAUCCAUGGAUUUACAAGAAGUACUGAGUUGACUUACAGAACACAACCUGGGAUACCUCUAGGAAAUCUGCAUUUAAAUCCAGUCUUUCCUGUUGGACCUUAUUCUAUUUCUUUUAACUGGACAGCCUUAUCCAAUGACACUGGUCUAAUAGAGAAAUAUAUUUUGACAUGCAUUUCUUCAUUUGAACAUCAAUCUUGUGGCCAGCAUGAAAGCUUGGGGACCUCUAUAACUAUCUGGAAUUUAGUUCCAUUUACAAAAUACAACUUUUACGUUCAAGCAUGUACUAGUGGAGGCUGUUUGCUAAGCCAGCAACUGUCAAUAGUUACUGCACAAGCACCUCCUGAAAAGCAGCUACCUCCAGUCAUACAAAAUAUCAGCUCUACUGAAUUGGCUGUAGAAUGGCUCCCACCCAGGAAAGCCAAUGGUGUAAUUAUUAGGUAUGAAUUAUAUAUGAAAGGAGGUGUACAAUCCAAUGGAAGUCAUGUUUCUCCUGAGAACUGUGUUUUCCAAAGCAAUGGAUGGUUUAAUCUUGAUCCAGUGGAAGACUCUGUACACGAGAAAGCUUUGACACCACCUGUAACUAGUACUGUCAUCACUGAUUUGGAGCCAUUCACAGACUAUGAGUUCCGUGUUUUAUCAGCCAAUAUGGCUGGCAGCACAAUUUCAAAUUGGACAUUGCAAAGAACAGCAGAGGCAGCUCCUGUAUUCAUGCCACUUCCAUCAGUAUUCCCUCUUUCACCAUAUUCUCUGAAUGUGUCUUGGGAAAAGCCACGAGAUAAUGAAGCAAGAGGAGAAGUGAUGGGGUAUAGCGUCAAUGUAAUUACUGAACAAAAAAUAUUGCCAAUGUUUUCUCAGCCUUUGUAUGUUGCUGAAGCACAUGAACAAUCCUAUGUAAUGACCGGACUGGAGCCAUACAAAACAUACUCUUUUACCAUUACUCUCUGCAAUCGAAUUGGAUGUGUCGACAGUAAGCCAGGAAUGGGACAAACUUUAGCUGCUGCUCCAGUUCUGCUAAUAGCACCCGACACUGAAGGAAUAAACAGCACUGUAAUAAAGAUAACUUGGUAUGAGCCUGAAGAACUUAAUGGACCUCCUCCAGUUUAUCAGCUGGAAAGAAUAGAUAUAUCUUUAGCAACAUCAGAUGUAAAUGUAAAAAAAGGAAUUCGUUUUCCGGGAAAUGGGUAUUACAAGUUUCCAAAUUCUACGUUGCCUACAAACACCUAUUUUACUGGUAUUAAAAUAAGCUUUAAAACUGCAGAACUUGAUGGUCUACUUUUUCUCUGUAUGUCACCUGGUAAUCAAGAAGAAUACACUGUCCUUCAGUUGAGAAGAGGCCGUCCUUACUUUCUCUUUGAUCCACAGGGUUCUGCUAUUUCUGUAACUCCAGAAAAUGAUGGUGGAAGGCAGUAUAAUGAUAACAACUGGCAUCAUAUAAGUGCAAUAAGAAAUGAAGCCUUAGGAACAAUAAUUAUAGAUGGGCAAUUCUCAGGUUCCUCAGAAGCUACAAGUGGUAGUACCAUUAUAGGAGAAAAUACAGGAAUUUUUGUUGGAGGACUUCCACAAGACUUUAUAAUUGAAAGGAAAGACGUAGGCCCAACUAAAAUAGUCACAAAGGGAUUUGUGGGGUGUCUCCGCGAUAUCUUCUUGCAAAAGAUGCACCAUCCCUAUGAAGCCUGGGAACCUUUAAAAUGGGAAAAAGCAGUGGAGCAAAGAAAUGUUUAUCACAAUUGGGAAGGUUGUCCUACUUGCCUUGAAGAUGGAGCACACUUUCUUGGGAAAGGUUUCCUAGAACUCCAUUCAAAUAUUUUUCGUGGUGGCAUGGAUUUUGAAAUCUCCUUUAUGUUUAAAACAGAUCAAUUCAGUGGAUUACUUCUGUUCAUUUACAACAAAGAUGGGCCUGAUUACAUUGCUGUAGAACUGAAAAGUGGAAGUCUGAUUUUCCUACUAAAUAAUGGUAUUGUCUCCACACACGUGAAUCUCUGGUUAGGACUAUCUUACUGUGAUGGAAAGUGGAAUAAAAUUAUUUUGUCAAAAAGAGGAUCGGUAGCUUCAGCAAAGAUGAAUGAAUGGACAGACCAUGUGAUGGAACCUGAUUUGGAGCAGCUAUUUGUAAACUCUCCAGCCUACCUUGGAGGGAUUCCAGUUGAGGUCCAAGAAGCAUUUAAGGAGCUGGGCUUAGAACAGGGUUUUGGAGGCUGCAUGAAGGAUGUUAAAUUUACACGAAGUGCUGUCGUUAACUUGGCAUCUGUGUCCAGCAGUGCUGUCAGAGUCAAUCUGGAUGGAUGCCUAUCAACUGACAGUGCUGUAAACUGCAGGGGAAAUGACUCCAUCUUAGUGUAUCAAGGAAAAGAGAAACAUGUAUAUGAUAAUGGCCUGCAACCAUUUACAGAAUAUUUAUAUCGGGUAAUUGCUUCUAAUGAAGGAGGAUCUGUAUCUAGUGCCUGGAGCCGGAGCCGCACAAGAGAAUCAGUAUUACAAAACGUGCUGACACUCUCAAGAAUUCACAGCAUAAAUGGUUACAGCAUUGAAGUUACAUGGGAUGAACCAGUUGGGGUCAAAGGUGUAAUUGAAAAGUACAUUUUGAAAGCUUCCAGUGAAGAUGGUUCCAACAUAUCUGUUGUCAGUACAGAGAUUUCUAAUACUAGUUCAUGUACAGGUCUGCUGACAGGUUUGUGUCCCUUUGCAAACUAUGCUGUAACCCUAAUGGCUUGCACUUUGGCAGGCUGUACGGAGAGCUCACAUGCCUUGAACAUCUCCACUCCACAAGAAGCUCCACAAAAUGUCCAGCCACCCACAACUGUUUCAUUCCCCACAUCUUUAUGGUUGAGUUGGGCUCCUCCAAAAGCACCAAAUGGCAUAAUCACACAGUAUAUUUUAUAUAUGGAUGCUCAACAAAUUUAUACUGGAAAUGAAACCAAGCUUAUGGUCAAAGAUUUGAAAGUUUUUACACCAUACCAGUUUUUAAUCUCUGCUUGCACAAUGGUUGGCUGCAAAAACAGUACCCAGGUCACAGUGCUUACAACGGAACUCCCACCAGUUCAUGUGGAUGUGCCAGAUCUGAUAAUUUUGGAUUCUAGAACACUAGAAGCACAGUGGGAUAUUCCAAAGGAAGUAAAUGGAAUGGUAUACCGCUGUAUCCUGUACAUUGCCAAGAAAGAGAAAAAAUCUAUAGUUUGGGAUGCAAUUUAUAACUCUACAGAUCUUUUUCAGAACUAUACUAUACAAGACCUUUCCCCUGGUACUGAAUACUUCAUCAAGUUAGCAGCCUGCACUACAGGUGGAUGUACAAUCAGUGAAACGAUUUCAGUAAAAACAAUGAAAACUGGCCCAGAAGGGGUUCCAGCUCCUAAAGUCCAGUCAUAUUCCUCUGACUCUUUUAACAUUUCAUGGACUAAGCCAGAGUACAUGAAUGGACUUAUUACUAGUUAUGGAUUGUACAUGAAUGGAAUUCUGGUGCAGAAUUCCUCAAAAGUGACCUAUUAUAUUUCUGGCCUUUCUCCUUGGAGUCUCCAUGCCUUCAGAGUUCAAGCAUGCACAGCAAACGGCUGUGCUUUGGGCCCACUGGUAAAAGUUCAUACAACUGAAGAUGUACCUAAAGGAAACAUUGAACUGUUUGUUAUUAAUGGUGGAGCCAAAGAAGUUAAAGUGAAAUGGUUUCCCCUGAAUGAACCCAAUGGGAAAAUAACGUAUGCUGUCCUUUUCACUGGAAUCUUUUAUGCUGACAAAGCUAAUGGCAAUUACAGUAUUUUAAAUUGCACACAAAUUUUACAUACCGGCAAAGAAGCAAAUGUCUGGGUACCCAUUGGAGGGCUAAUUCCAUUUUCAAACUACACAGUGGAAGUGAAUGCUUCUAAUAGCCAAGGUUAUGUGAUCAGUGAUCCUGUAGAAAUUGCCCUGCCUGCUGGUGCUCCAGAUGGCAUGUUGCCUCCUAGGCUUUCAUCUGCUACUCCGACCAGUCUUCAGGUUUUCUGGUCUAUACCAGUUCGCAACAAUGCUCCAGGCUUACCCAGAUACCGACUCCAAAUAAGACUUAAGAACUGCCCAGAAAAUAAUACAGAGUUGUUUUCUAAACCAACAAUUUAUUUACAUCACAUACUGAAGAACCUGCAGCCAUAUACAUCUUAUGAGUUGAGGGUUAUUGCCUGCAAUGAAUACGGUGAUACAUUCAGCAACUGGACUCUGAUAGAUACAGCAGAGGAUAAACCAGGACCUAUUGACCCACCACUAAUCUUGGAAGUGAAAUCCAGAGAAACAACCAUUUCCUGGCAGCCUCCUUCAAGGCCAAAUGGCAUUGUCACCCACUACAACAUCUAUCAAAACAACCAGCUGCACACUACUGUUCCAGGAGCUAGAUCAAAAUAUGUUGCAUCUUUCUUGCACCCAUAUACAGUUUACCAAUUUCAAGUAGAAGGAUGCACUUCCAAAGGGUGCUCUCUUUCCUCUGAGAGCCUACCUGUACAAACCCUUCCAGAUGCACCUGAAGACAUCCCUGCUCCAGAAUUAUACUCAGACACACCAACAUCUGUGCUUGUGUCAUGGCAAUCUCCUCUUCAUCCAAAUGGACCAGUUGAAAACUUCACAAUAGAGAGGAGAAUAAAGGGAACAGAACAAGUGUCCACAGUAGCCUCUUUUCCUUCCAAUUGUUCCAAGAGUUAUCUAGACCAAAGUACUGGUCUUCGCCCUUGGAAAAAAUAUGAAUACAGAAUAUUGGCAAGCACUUUUCAAGGUGGCAUUAACAGCAGUUCUUGGGUAGAAGUCAUCACCAGGCCCUCAAGACCUGAAUACAUCCAGGCUCCUAAGGUGCAAGCAUUAGAUCCAUAUACUGCCCAGGUUUCCUGGGAGUCUCCUUCUAUUUUAAAUGGAGAAAUGUUGAGCUAUGAGAUCCACAUGCCGAACCCUCGAAUCACUAUAACUAACAAUUUGACAACUUCAAUGAGCCAUGUAGUAACCAACCUGAUCCCUUUCACAAAUUACUCGGUCACCAUAGAAGCUUGUACUGGAGGUGGAGAUUACAUUGGAGGGUGCACCAAGAGUCUACCAACAUAUAUGGUUACACUUCCAACAUUUCCCCAAAAUAUCAGUUCUGUGACUGUGACCCCAAUUAAUGAGUCAGUAAUUACUGUGCAUUGGCAACCACCAUCUAAACCCAAUGGACAUCACAUAAGAUAUGAGCUCCUGAGACGUAAAAUCCAGCAGCCACUUGCAUCAAAUCCCCCUGAAGAUUUAAAUCUCUGGGACAAUAUUUACUCAGGAACUCAGUGGUUUUAUGAAGAUAAGGGUCUUAGCAGGAAUACAACAUAUGCAUAUAAGCUGAUAGUACAUAAUGAAGUAGGAUAUACAUCAAGUGAAGAAGUGGUUGUUACAACAUUACCAAGAUUUUCAGAGAAAGGCACCAAUGUUGCUGCAAAGCUUCUUAACUACACAGCUAUAGAAGUGACAUGGACCACUCCAAAGCCAGAGAGCCUGUUCCCUCCAGAGAUCAUCAUCAUCAAUAGUACAGCUGUACGUGUCAUUGUGGCAUUGCCUUCAAACUCAAAUGGUGUUGUCACAGAAUAUUCUAUUUAUGUAAAUAAUAACCGAUAUGAGACUAGAAUGAAGGCACCUGGAUCUUUCAUUUUAGGAGAUUUGUCUCCAUUCACUCUUUAUGACAUACAGGUUGAAUCCUGCAGAAGGAAUGUUUGUGUGAGAAGUAAUGGAACCCAAAUUAGAACUGCAGAAGAUGUGCCUAAAGACUUAUUGCCACCAUGGAUCUAUGUCCUUGGUUCAAGAUCACUUCAGAUUAACUGGACAUCACCAGGACAACCAAAUGGCAUUGUUUUAGGAUAUGAACUAUUGCGUAAAGCUCAGCAUCCCUGCCCUGAUGCAAAGCAACUGUCAAAACAUCAAAGUGAAGGAAUUUGCCUGCUCUUGGAAUGCAACAUUCAUGAAAACAUAUGUGGAAGACGAUGCUGUAAUCUCCAGUUUAAGAUAUGUUGCAAUGGGAAUCAGUACAAUAUUUCAAGUUUCCAAUGCUGUGAGGACAAGUAUCUUUCAUUUCUUCUGAAUGUAUCAAGUGCUUGUUGUGGAGGUCAGAGGUAUACAGUGGAACCAGAGUAUCAGUAUUGUGGUAACUAUUCUACACGGAUAUUCACAGAGAGAUCUAUAAAUAGAAGAAUAGAGGAGUUAAUACAAGAAGGAGUGUUCUGUUGUAGACAUGAAUAUGUGAAUAUGUCAAGUAUAGUAUGCUGUUCAGCUUUCAGUGGUGAAACUAAAGCCCACAUUAAAAAGAAUAACUCAGUGGCAUUAAAAUGCUGUGUGACUGAACUUACUCCAGAGAGCGAAGAAUGUUGUAAUGGACUUGGAUAUAAUCCCUUGAAAUAUGUUUGCGCUGACAGGAUUUCAUCUAGAAUGAUGAUGAAGAUAAAAGAAGAAUCGAAAUGCAUCCCACUGUGUCCUAGAUCUACUGAAGAAGUGACAUACUGUGGACAGUGUAACUUUGACAUGCAUACUUGUUUAUGUGCUUGGAUAAAGAGUUCCCGUAGUUAUACCAAAAAUAAAGAAAAUAAAAGCAUAUGCCCAUCUUUGGAGGAAAAAAUUUAUACAGGAGGCCCAACUCAGUAUUCAUUCAAAGAUAAGAAUCUAGAACCUCAUAUUACAUAUGAAUACAGGCUAGCUGUAUGGAACAAAUAUGGGAAAAGUUUUAGUGAAAUGAACAGUGCAACCACUAAACAAGAUGUCCCUGAAGGUGUAAGUCCACUUCAUUGGACAAAAGUGGAUAAUCGUGAAGAUGUAAUAUUUCUAACAUGGAAAGAACCUUGUCAACCAAAUGGUAUCAUCAUUUAUUAUAUUAUUCUCCAAAACGGAGUUGAACGUUUCAGAGGAAAGGAACUGAACUUCAUGGAUACCAGUGAUAUUCAACCAUACCAGGAAUACUCAUAUUUCUUGCGUGCUUGCACUGUGGCUGGAUGUUCAGACAGUAGCACGGUAAUUGCAGUCACUGUCCAAGGAAUUCCAGAGAAUGUUCUGCCACCAACAAUUAUACCUCUAAAUGCAACAACCUUGCAUUUGAGUUGGGUGGCACCAAAGAAGCCAAAUGGUUUAAUCAAAGAGUACCUCAUCCAUCGAAUUGGAAGGGGACUUAUAUGUACCAGCCCUGCAGACCAGGUACAGCUCACCAUCACAGAUCUUCAGCCUUAUGAAAACUACAACUUCACACUCACAGCAUGUACAUUUGCUGGUUGUACUACCAGUCAGACAACUUCAGGUAGAACAUUGCAAGCUGCUCCUCAAGGGGUAUGGUCACAGCCUCGUCAUAUUACAGUAAGCUCUAACGUAGUAGAAUUGUAUUGGGAUGAGCCAGAGAAAAAAAAUGGAAUUGUCAUUCAAUAUAGAUUAUUUUGUAAUGGAGAAGAGAUUUUCAAAGGUGGUGGAGAAAAUCUGAAUUUCACUCAUUCCGCCAUGCAACCAAAUAACAGAUACGUUUACCAGCUAGAAGCCAGUACGUGGGGUGGUAGCAAUAUCAGUGAAAAAUAUAUCGUCCAGACACCAGCAACAACACCAGAGGAGAUUCACAUACCAUAUAAUAUCACAGUAAUUAAUGCAUAUUCCAUAUUCGUAGCAUGGGACAUUCCUGGGUCAUUUAAGAGCAAUGUACCUUUGGAGUACAAUAUAUUACUAGAUGCUGGCAGUACCGCCCCACUUGUAAAACCAGUUGGGCAGCCCAAAUUCAUUGUUCUGGAUGGACUUGAUCCAUGCACCCAAUAUGAGAUAAGGAUACAAGCCUGCCAGAAUGCUGGCUGUGGAGUUGGUAAACAAGUAUAUGCAACCACUGCUGAAGACUUUCCUAAAGAUUUGAGCCCUCCUGUCAUUUCAGCCAUUGGACCAACAUAUAUAGCUGUGAAAUGGUUACCUCCUAAAAAACCCAAUGGGAUAAUUAGAAACUACUUUAUUUACAGACGUCCUAUGGAGACUCAAGAGGAGACGCUUGUGUUCAUCUGGUCUGAGGGCACUUUAGAAUGUAUUGAUGCUACAGAUACUCUUCUGCCAUUUACAGAGUACGAAUACCGUGUCAAGGCUCAGAAUUCCAAAGGUUCUGUGAAUAGUUCAUGGUCUUCAACACAGACCUUAGAAGCUCCACCAUCAGGCAUGAAAGCUCCCUCAGCACAAGCGAUCAGCGCUCAUUCUCUGUUCCUAAAUUGGACCAGCCCAACUUCUCCUAAUGGUGCUAUUUCUCACUAUCAUGUUGUCUAUCAAGAAAGACAGAAUGAUCCAACAAUUAAUACUCAGGACGUUACUACACUAACAAUUCCAGGAGAGAUGUAUCAAACUUACUUGUUUGGUUUGGAGCCAUAUACAACCUACUACAUUCAUAUUGCUGCUGUCAAUAAUGCUGGACAAGUUGCUAGUCCAUGGACUUCAGUGCGCACCCUAGAAGCUUCUCCAAGUGGCCUAAGCAACUUUACAGUGGACAAGAAAGAGAAUGGCAGGGCAUUAUUACUCAGAUGGGCAGAGCCUUCCAAGCCCAAUGGUAACAUUAAGAUUUAUAAUAUUUUCAAUGAUGGUAAUCUAGAAUAUAGUGGUUUGUCUCGUCAGUUCCUCUUCAGACGUCUUGAGCCCUUCACUGAAUACACUCUCCUUCUUGAAGCUUGUACAGCAGCUGGUUGCACUCGCUCUUCACCGCAGCAAAUUUGGACAGAUGCAGCUCCUCCUGCUUCUCAAAUGGCUCCUGUAAUCCAUUUGGUGAAUGCAACCAGCAUUGAACUGAGCUGGUCUGAGCCAAUUAAUUCAAAUGGAAAAAUAAUGCGCUAUGAAGUUAUUCACAGACACACCAAAGAAAAUGCUUCAGGGGAAAAUAGCACAACAGAAGAAGAGAACAUUGUUUUCACAGAAUAUAACACUGGGAGUAAUGCAUUUGUAUAUCAUGCUCAGCAUUUGCAGCCGUGGACUACAUAUGAAUAUAAAAUACGUGCCUGGAAUUCAGCAGGCUACACUGAUAGUGCUUGGUCUGCUGCAAAAACCAGCCAAGCUUCCCCAGAAGGCAUGGCUGCUCCCAUGUUAACUUAUAUCCCUCAAAAUCCCAGCAAAAUAUGGAUUUCAUGGUCAUUCCCAGAAAAAAGCAAUGGUGUUCUGCUGUCAUAUAAGCUCCAAAGAAAUGAUGUUCCCUAUCCUUUUAGCUUUGAUGCUUCAACCUUCAAUUAUACUGAUGAAGGCUUGCUUCCAUAUACAGAGUACAAUUAUGUAAUAACUGCUUGUACCCUGGGAGGGUGCUGCUCAAGUGACCAUUCCAGAAUACAGACCUUAGAGGCAGCCCCAGCAAUAGUCAGCCCUCCUGCUCUAGAAGGUAUACAUUCCACCCAGAUUAAUGUAUCUUGGUCGCCACCCCAAAUUCAAAAUGGUGAAAUCAUAAAGUACAUUUUAAAGCUGAAUGGUGAAGAACAAUAUGUUGGAAAGAGUUUAUUCACGACCGUAGUGAAUCUACAACCUUAUACUAAAUAUGACAUCAAAUUGGUUGCAUGUACCAAUGGAGGCUGCACUGUUAGUGCAUCCCAGUCUGCUUGGACAAUGGAAGCCCCUCCUCUUAACUUAGAUCCCCCUAAGUUACUAGUGACAGAUUCAGAAUCUCUAGAAAUUACAUGGAAAGCGCCCAAUAAUCCAAAUGGUAAAAUCCAGAUUUAUGAGCUAAGGAGGAAUGGAUUGCUGGUCUAUUCAGGUCUAGAUAGAUACUAUAAGGACUUCAUGUUAACUCCCGGAAUAGAAUACAUCUAUACUGUUACUGCAAACAACAGCCAAGGGAGUGUCACCAGUCAGAUAGCCAAGAUAAGAACCGAUCCUUCUGCCCCAUCUGGAAUGUCUCCACCUCUGUUGCACCCAUGGACCUCACAGACAAUUUUGGUUAUUUGGGAUCCUCCAGCAAAGGUUAAUGGUAACCUGAUCAAUUAUACUAUCAUUCUUCGGGAGCCUAUUAAAUCACAAAAGAAAGUGAUUUAUCUGGAUUCAUUCCACGAUUCUUUUGGAAGACGGUCUUACAAUUUAACAGAACUAAAACCCUAUCACAGGUAUGAAGUACAAGUACAAGCCUGCAGUCUUCUGGGCUGUACUCACAGUGAAUGGUCAUCCGUACAAACUCUUGAAGCACCCCCUGAAAUACAGCCAGCUCCUUUCAUAGAUGUCCAGUCAAGUCCUGAUGGAUUUCAGACUGUUCUUUCCAUUGUAUGGAAUGGCCCAAAGCAACCAAAUGGAGACAUCUUACAUUAUGAGCUUUAUCGAAGACAGCCGGUACCCAAUCAACACAAUGUCAGCCUUGUUUAUAAUGGUUCAUCCACUUCAUUUAAAGAUGACACACUCUUGCCUUUCACCGAAUAUGAAUAUCAGGUUUGGUCAAUUAAUUCUGCUGGCCGAACUGCUAGCAAUUGGACAAAAUGUAAGACUGGCCCAGCCCCUCCUCAAGGACUUCCUGCCCCUUUGUUUGAAACAGUAGCUUCUACUUCUGCUGUAGUCAACAUCCGUCCUCCUCUAAAGCCAAAUGGAAUAAUCACCCUCUACAGGUUCUUCUCCAACACCACCAAAGGAAAGGAGAAAGUGCUCUCAGAAGGAACAACUGCUCAGCAGACGAUCCAUGGACUCAAACCUUUUACCACUUAUUCUAUUGGGGUUGAAGCUUGCACAUGCUUCAACUGCUGCAGCCAGGGACCGAUGGCUCAAGUCACCACACAGCCAGCUCCACCCACCCAGCAGCCUUCUCCCCAUAUACAGAACCUGACUUCAAGAAAUGCUUCUUUUCUGUGGGAUGCUCCUCAGGAACCCAAUGGCAUUGUGAGAAGAUAUGAACUCCACAUGUACACAUUUUGUCUUCCUUGGUUACUGCCCAUAGAAAGAGUUUGUAAGCCUGGACCUAUCGAAGUGAGCUAUAGUGGAAAGAACCGGCAUUCCAGUGUGAGUGACCUUCAGCCUUAUACAACCUACAAACUGAGAGUGGUGUCGUACAAUUCAGUUGGAAGCACUACUUCAGAAUGGAUUACUUUUACUACUGAAAAAGAGGUUCCUCUGUACAAAUCUCCGUUCAUCAUAAUCGGAAAUUUAUCCACCAUCUUCCUGGAUUGGAGUCACACCUUCCUACUGAAUGGGCUUCUGAAGGAAUAUGUGCUAAUGGAAGGAGGGCAACGCAUCUACAGUGGCUUUGAUACCAGACUGUACUUGCCAAGAACAUCUGACAAAAUUUAUUUGUUUCAGGUGACUUGCAUCACUGAUGAAGGGAGUGCUGUAACACCAGUAAUCAAGUACAAUGCUGCUACUGGAUUUGGUCCUGUCUUGACAACUCCAGGAGAAAAUAACAAAGACAACACAAAGCAAGCAAUGUUCUACACAGAGUUGUGGUUUGUGAUACUAAUGGCGAUCCUUGCCUUGAUCCUCCUAGCAAUUUUCCUGUCUCUAAUUCUACAAAGGAAAAUAAACAAGCAGCUGUAUUCACGGGAAAGGCCUCCUUUAGUCUCCAUUCAAAAGAGAAUGUCACCAAUGAAUGUCUAUUCACAAGGAGAAACUCACAUGGGACUGUCAGAUACAAAAAUUCCAGGACCAGCAUCGCCUUUGAGUAUGCACAGCAGUAGAAACAUUUCUGUCCUUCAGGGGCCAAGCCAAAGCCAGAUAGAAGAUAGGUUUUCUCAAGAUUCCCUGCAUCGAAGUGUCAGUCAGCUUAUUGAAGCAUCUGAGAAAAAGUCCUCGGUAGAAGACACUGUUUGGGAUGCCAUUAUUCAUGGCCAUGACAGCAAUUUGUGUGCGGAUGAUGAUGAUCUUGUGAGCACUAUCAAAAGUUUCAGUACUGUCACCAAACCACAUACAACAUUUUCUGAUACACACUUGUAAGUUAUUUAGUACUGUUGCCACAGAAUAGAUAACAAGGGAAGUCUUGAAUAUUUCUCUUUGUAGUUAUUAUGAAGUAAUGCUUUUCCUGAAAUUUUUCUAGUGUUUAUGAAUUACACCUUGUACUGUAAGUAUGUGAAAGCUAUUUUCUUUUUAUCAAAACUUAGAAGCUUCCUUUAUAGUAAUACAUUGUCUAGAGCAAAUAUAUUUAUUUGAGAGGUACAUAGUAUUAAUUUUUUAAUGCAUUUUUUGUCAAAUCAAUAGUGCUACACAAACCUUUAUUCAGCUCAUUGCAGGAACUGAUUGGAUAAAAUGGUGAAAUGGUCAUACACACAAAUUUAGCAUAGGCAGGAAAUUAGGGAACAAUAUUGAACUCUUCACAAAAAUUUAUUACUGAAAACCUUUAAUUAAUGAGAAAUUAAGAUAACCAACAAUCUUGUUAAAACAACAAGAGUACAUAGAAGAAAUGCUUAAUUAUACUUUAUUAUGAUACUAUGCUUCAAUUAGUUUCCUUUGGCCAUACAGCCAUACAGUGAAAUCUUUCAAAUAAUUUAUUAGUUAUAGAUAGGGGGAAAGUAACCAAAAUGUAAAUGUAUAGCUAUUCUAUCUUGACUUUUCCAUGCUUACUUAGCAAAAUAUGCUAGUGUGGGAAAAUACUUGCUUUGUGUCAGUAAUUAGCUUAACUGAAUGUUUUUCUGCUGGCUGUAGCUGAUAUUCUUUAUUGUUCUGCUAAUUCUGAUACUCACAUGAUCCAAUGUCAAAUGCUAUACUUUGUAAUAAAAAUUACGGCAUUUGUAAGCGUGAUAAGCGGAAAUAUACCUAUUAGUCCCAUAUUAACUACUAUGGCCAUGGCACAUAUGUAGUUCUGCUUCUGUGGCAAAUAUAUUAACAUUUCAGGCCUGGCAAGUUCAGAAGCAGACCACUGUGGUGGUAAAUAUGUACUUCAGAAGACAAAGCAACUGUAAAGCUUUUGGUGCCCUAAUAGGAAAAAGGCUGACAAAUUUGAAUUAACAGCACUCCAAACUAUAAAAACCAGAGUUGUGAGGAAUAAGAUUUCUGCAAGUGCUCAGAAUAUAACUAGGUCUUUCUGUUCUAAGGGCACCAGAGACAAACCUGUGCAGCAUAAGAUAUACCUAUCAGGCUGUUAAUACAGGUAGUCCUCAACUUACAAGGGUUGGUUUAGUGACCGUUCAGUUACAAUGGCACUGAAAAAAGGGAUUUAUGACCAUUUUUCACACUUACGACCGUUGCAGCAUCCCCAAGGUCACGUGAUCAAAAUUCAGACACUUGGUAACUGACUCGUAUUUAUGACAGUUGUGUGAUCACUUCUUGCAACCUUCUGACAAGCAAAGUCUUUGGGGAAGCCAGAUUCACUUAAUGACGAUGUCACUAAUUUAACAACUGCAGUGAUUCACUUAACAAACGUGGCAAGAAGAGAUAAACUGGGGCAAAACUCACUUUAAAAAAUUCUCACUUAAUAACAUAAAGUUUGGGCUCAAUUGUGGUCGUAAGUUGAGGACUAUCUGUACAGAAUUUCAACUGGGUGAAUCAUUAUUCUUUUUAAUAGUUCAUAUCAAAAUUGCUCCUUCGCGAUCAGAAAUGUAAUGUAUUGUCAAGCUGCAGGAUAUUGUCUCAAAUUAAAAAAAUGAUUUUCA